AAUCAAGCAAUCAGGCAUGUGGUGAGUGGUGUAGCGAACGCAGGAGGAAGUGGUUAACGUUGAAUAGUAUUUGAUCUGUGUUGUGAAAUAGAGGGAAUGGGUGACGAGGACGUAAUCAGACGACGGCUGCUGAUCGAUGGAGAUGGAACUGGCGAUGACCGUAGACUUAAUGUUCUGCUGAAAUCUUUUAUUAAGUGGUGUAAUGCAACAAAUGAACCUCUUGGUGAAAGCCAGGUUCUACAUGACCGGAUGCUGGCUCAGCUUGCACAGUGUGAAUUUGCUGUAACAAAGUCAAGAUUAUCUGCAUUGAUGAGUGCGGCUGAACUUCAGAAUUAUGAGAACCUGUCACGGCAGAUUGAGUCUGGGAUAGAAGCAGCAAAGAGAAAUAUUGAGAGCACAAAGUUAGACUUCCAAGAUGCAAAGACAGUUCGGAAGAACAGGAUUGAAUAUGAUGUGCUGGCCAAGGUUAUCAAUGAGCAGCCGGAUCGUAAGGAAAUGGACGAAAAGCUAUCCCAUCUGCGGAAAGAGCUGGCCUCACUUGAGGAGACACGUGAACAGCUGGAACGUAAGCUAGACAUGCGACGGAAACAGUUCCACGUUCUGGUGGCGUCCAUUCACCAACUUCAGGCAAUGCUGGAUGACAGUGAAACAGAGGAGAUCAUGGACAUAUCACUGGAAGCAUUUGACGAUGACUUGAGUGACCCACAGAAAGGUACUUCGUCUCAGCCAGACGUCGUGGAGAAGAAGAGCGAAUGAAAGACAGUGAAACCUGAUGAGACACAUGUAGACACCCUGCAAUUACUGGUCCAGUUUUGUGCAGGAAAUUUGCAAACACAUCUUUGCCACAUAUGUCCUGAAGGUGACAACACAAAAUUGUGGAUAGAACUUACGGCUUGGAUAUUCCUUCUGAGAUUUCAUUUUGUAUGGUGAGGCUGGCAGAAACUGUGACUUCAUAAUUUUUACCAUUUCAAAUAUAUAAAUGUGAUUUCUGCCUCUUCUUGUCCCAUACCUCAGACCUAAUAAAGAACACCUGAAAGUACGAGA